AACUAAAAUGGCGAGCGUUUUAUUCAGAAUUUGCUGUCAUUUUUAAAUCUGCUAAAAUCAAGCUGUAUAAAUGGCGUAAUAAGCGAAUAUUGUACAUUUUGUAAAUUGUAAAUAGUUUCUUGUAUAGUUAGUGGUAAUAUUUUGUGUUGUGAAUUCGAUUAUAGUGUAUAAAUCUCAAUUGAAAAUUGUGUUUGUGUCUCCUAAGAAAAUUUUAACAAAGCCGACGCCGACUCUUGGAACGUCAAAAAUUUCAGAAAAUACACUCUGUUGAAGAAUACUGCACUCAUCAAACAACAAUAGUGACACCAAUGAAGUGGCUGGGAAGCGGUGAAGGAGAUGCAAUUGUAAAAGCGGAAAUGGACAGAGGGCCUCAGCGCACUCAAGAUGAUGCUGCAGUUGGUUAUGUUUUCCAACGACCACCAGAUCCAGAAUUCCCAUCAUUUGGACCAAAACAGUUGCGUUGGGCUCUUGGAGACGACAGUAUUAUUGAUAAUCAUGACAAGUGGAAGUACCCAGUCAACAAUAAAGUUGGUACCCCUCCCAACAGCAUGUCGUAUAUUGGGGCAAGUUCCACAAUGCCUGGACUUUAUGACUUAGGACAGAAUAAAUCAAUUCCUUCUGAACAUUUGGUAUAUUUGUCCAAUCAGAUGCCAGGAGGAAUGCACAUGCAUCCACAGUAUUUGCAACAACCUCUUACGCCACAAAUGCAGAUGCGACAAGGACCAAUUGCUCCUGCAGCAAAAAAGUUAUGGGGUCUCGAAGCAAAAGACGCAAAAUCAUUAGCAUUAAAUCACCUAAAUCACGAACAAGUAUGGAGAGAUUCAACGUGGGCAGCACCAGAACAUGCAGUCUCCGCUUCCCUUGCUAUGGGUCGACGAGGAGGCUUCGUUGGAGGCGACACUGGCAGCAUACUCUCGCCACGGGGGUCAGACAACGGCGGUCUCGGCGUCAAAAUGGUGGAAUAUGUAUUGGGUGGUUCACCAACCAACAAGGACAACAUUGGUUUGGAACCUCGAAUGCGUGCCUUGCACUUGGUUGAUGAUAAAGACAAAGAUAAACCACAAAGCCCAAAAGAAGAAGUCAAUGGACAACCUGUUCAAAAUGGCCAAGUCUCUGAGGAUGAGAAGGGUUUCAAUCGAACUCCCGGCAGCCGACAACCAUCACCAGCGGAAGAAGAACUUACGAAAAAUGGGAUAUCGCUAGAUCCCACAGUUGUUGUUAUGAAACCACAGGAACAAUUACCGCCACAUUUGCAACAUCAUCAUUUACCACCUCAUUUGGCACCUCAUCUGGGUGUAACAUUAACCGAAUCUGUUAAUCAACAAUUUGAUCAUUUUGAACAACCUCCACCUGCUCCGUACGACCAACAACCUCACCAAUACCCACCGCCUCCUCCACAGCAACAUCAAGUCGACAGCGCCGUUCUACAGCAACAACAACAUAAUUUCGAUGUACAGCAACUCUUCCGAUCUCAACAAACACAGGCCGCUACUCCGAGUGCUGCACAGUUACAGUUAUUGCAGCAACAACAGCAGCAGUAUCUGGCUCAACAACAGCAGGCAGCAUUUCCUCAACCUCCGUAUGUUUUGAACCACCAGCAGGAACCUUCCUACCUCAUUACCGCCGGUGUUCCGCAAUAUUAUGGUGUUGGACCGUGGGUGUAUCCAGCACCGGCAAAUUUAAUUCAACAAGGAGCCAGUAAUGGAGCCAGAAGACCUCUUACUCCAAAUGGCACAGCUGAAGCACAACAACAAGUACAACCACAAGUUCCUGGAGGUUACAUUGUUCCCUACUAUGAUCAAAAUACCCCAAUCCUUAUGGCACAGGGUGCGGCAAUGCGAAAUGGUACGCCUAUGCGUUUGGUCAGCCCUGCUCCUGUACUUGUUCAGCCACAAGCCAAUCGACAAACACCGGCAGGUGCUUCCCUGUAUUCAAGUACACCCCAGAGUUUGUAUGGUGCUAAUGUGAAUACUUCAGUGAACGGUGGGACUUUAGGAGGUGUGGCCCAAGGUGUUGGUUCUGGUUUGUUUCCACCUCUUCAUGCAGCACCACCUUCUGCUCCAUUUGGUAGUUCUUCUCUAGGAAAUAUUGGUUCAUCCGCUACAACUACGUCCCUUCACACAGAUAAUUUUGUAGGCCUGGGACUCAACACGACGUCGACGGGAAGACGUGAUUCGUUCGAUCGCAACACUUCGGCAUUUUCGCCGUCGCUGGAUUAUAGACAAAAAUGGCCGACAUCAUACAACAUCGGGAGCAGUCCAAGCCCUCUGGCAGGAAGCUUGACGCCGCCACCGUCUGCUCCUCUGCAACUCGGUGGACUGAUGACUUCCCGCGUUCUGUCAGCGGCACCUGGAGCUGAAGCGAAGUACAGAAAUUCCGUUGCUGCUGGCUUAACAACGAAUACUAUGUUCGGCUCGACAAAUUCGCUAUUCACGAAAAUUAAUUCCUCACUAUCGACGGUACCGAGUUCGCUAGAUAAAGGACAGCAAGGCAGGUCAAGAUUGCUCGAGGACUUUAGAAAUAACAGAUACCCGAAUUUACAAUUGAGAGACUUGGCAAACCACAUCGUGGAGUUCUCUCAGGACCAACAUGGAUCUCGUUUUAUUCAACAGAAGUUGGAGCGCGCAUCUGCGACUGAAAAGCAGAUGGUUUUCAAUGAAAUUUUGUCGGCAGCGUACAAUCUCAUGACUGAUGUAUUUGGCAAUUACGUCAUACAGAAAUUCUUUGAAUUCGGGACGCCGGAACAGAAGACGACUUUGGCUCAGAAGGUUAGAGGACACGUGCUUCCAUUGGCUCUACAAAUGUACGGCUGCCGAGUUAUUCAGAAAGCUCUCGAAUCCAUUCCACCAGAACAACAACAAGAGAUAGUUCGAGAACUCGACGGACACGUUUUGAAAUGUGUUAAAGAUCAAAAUGGAAAUCAUGUAGUUCAAAAGUGUAUCGAAUGCGUAGAUCCUAAUGCUUUACAGUUCAUCAUUCAGUCAUUCUCAGGGCAAGUGUACACUUUGUCUACACAUCCAUAUGGUUGUAGAGUCAUACAACGCAUUUUAGAACACUGCACACCUGAGCAAACUGCACCCAUAUUAGCUGAAUUACACCAGCAUACAGAUCAGCUGAUCCAGGACCAGUUUGGAAACUACGUCAUCCAGCAUGUGUUGGAACAUGGAAAGCCCGAAGACAAGGGUCAGUUGAUAAGCAGCGUAAGAGGAAAAGUUCUAGCUUUAAGUCAGCAUAAAUUUGCCAGUAACGUAGUCGAAAAGUGUGUUACACAUGCAACCAGGGCUGAGAGAGCGUUGCUGAUUGAGGAAGUUUGUGGAUUUAAUGAUAAUGCCCUGCAUGUCAUGAUGAAAGAUCAGUACGCAAAUUACGUAGUUCAAAAAAUGAUUGAUGUGAGUGAACCAACACAGCGGAAAGUGUUGAUGCAUAAAAUCAGGCCUCAUCUGAAUUCGUUGAGAAAGUACACUUACGGCAAACAUAUAAUUGCGAAGUUGGAGAAAUAUUUUAUGAAGACUCCUGGAUCUAUGGGCUCCAUUGGAGGGGAGCUCGGUCCUAUUGGACCUCCGACUAAUGGAGUGCUUUAAUUUGAGCGAUGUUUAUUAUCCAUUUUAAAUAUAUUUUUAUUUUUUGGCCAAUUGUGUGUGUUAAUUUAAGUUCAAUAUUCAACACACCAGCAAGGUUCCAGUAUUGUUUCUUUAUUUUUUUUUGCAUCGAUGGAUCAUUAAUUUCGUAUCUUUUUUAUUAUGACUUUUUAUUAUAAGGUUCAUAUGUUAUUGUGAAUACAUACAAAUAUCUGUAUUAUAACUGUAAUUUAUGUAAUUUGUCUUACAUCAAGUUUCAUCGUUUGUGUUGUUUGACUUUUGUUUUAUGCGCUAAUACUUUAGAGACGCCAUUUUAGUUACUUUAUAAAUAUUUAAUUUAUUUCCAGUUAUUAAUCAUCAGGGUGAGCCUAUAAAACAAAAGGCAACCAAUUUCAUCAUAUAUAAUGCAUGUUUAUUUGUGUCUAUUAAAGUAAUAACAGUUGUGUAAUUAUAGAACAGCGUUCUGAAACGAAUCUCAAAUUUUAUUUUAAAUUCGUUUAGAAGAAAAAUGGAUGUCUUGUAAAAUUCCCCACCUAAAACUCUGUACAUAAAUUUGAAAAGUAAACGUUUAAACCAAGGAAUAUUAAGUGUCCCCCAAAUUAUCCCAACAGUACGUUAAAAAUGUGAUAAGGUCCUCAGGAAAUAGAUUUGACAUCAUUCAAGUUCAUCCAAAUCAAAAUUUUUCUAUUACCGCACAUUACACUUUUAUCACAUUUCAACUGUAUGAUCACAUUUUGAUCAAUUGCUUAAAAUUUUAAAUUGCAACUAAAUUUUAGGAAGAGCCGUAUUGGCUCAACUUUUUUGUGUGGAGGAUAUAACUCAAAACGAAUUGUUGAAAAUAACAAUGGAACAAAUUUAAAGUAUCUAUAUAGUGUAGAUAUUGACACGUGCGUAUAUGACGUCACAUUUUUUGAGCCAAUACGGCAUUUGUUGCGAGCAUUUAAUGUACACACAAUCUUGCAUUUAAGGUAGUUCUUUAGACAUUGAUGUAGAGUUUCACGGUUAAAAUUUUUUCGGAAAGGAAAAACAAAUCUACAUUUGAUGAUCAUAGCAUCAAAAGAGAUUUAAUUUUUCUGAAAUAAUUCAAAUGUGACGUCGUUAAUUUAAAUAACUAAAACUCUAGUUUCGAAUACAUUUUCUCUCAUAUGGUAGCAUUAGUUUAAACAGUUCAUAAUACCUAGUAAUAAAUAAAAUAGAAUUUGAAAGCACGUUUCUUUUCGAUAAAAGUAUUCAAAUAUAAAAUAUAUUUAUAGUAAUUGUACAGUUUCGUAAAUUCCAUUAUAAUAAUUAUUAAAUUAAUUUUAUUGCAUUUAUGACUGUUUACGUGUAAUUGUGUGUUUUUGAGCUAAUCUGUGUUAAAAUUAUUCAAUAUUUGUAAGAGUACAUAGAACUUUUUGUAAUUUUGAAUGGUAUUAGAACAAAAACACUUCAGUCAUCUUUGGUAUGUGUACAUAGAAUACCCAUUUUGUAUUAUAUGUAAUAUAGUUUCGUUCAUAACAUUUCCAAACAGCCACGCAAACGCCAUGUCGGUAACUUGUACACUUAUUAAGGAUUACUGUACACCAUCUCUCCCCUUCCGCUAGUGAUAUGUAUAUAUGUUAUCAUUUUUAAAUUGUGUCACAUGUAUUUAUAUAGUAAAGUGUCUCAUAGUGUAAUAAUGUAAAAUAAUCCAUUUUGUACUUAGAAAUUGUUUGUAUUGUAUUUUUAUCAUAUAAAAUCGUUCUACUCGUUAAUUUCAUUAAUAGCAAAUUUUCAGCUUCAAUCGUUGGAUGAUUGACAGUAUUAAUUUGCCUGAUUGAUUUUUUUUACAGUAACUCGAAACAGAAUAAUGAAAUUUACUAUUAAUGAAAUUAAUGGUUAUUAGUAUAAAAUAGAGCGGUGGGGAGUAAGGUAAGAUGGCCAAUUAAAUUUGGGAUGGCAAUGUGGCCUCAGACUGAUGUAAAGAUACUAAACAAGUGUAAAGUGUAAAUUCCAUUUGGUUAUCACGUUGUAAACUGUAUAAUACAUGUGUAAAAAUAUUCUGUAAAAUGAGCCGUUUGGAAUUAUGUAAUUAAAUUGUAAACUAUGUAUUCUAAAUUGGAGCGAUCUGGUUGUUUUAUUGUACUUUUGCGGCACUGAUGCCUGCUUGUAGAGUAGCUGGACGGGGAUCACUUAUGUUCACAAAAAUAUGGCUCUCUGUGGAUCUACGGCUGUAUAUUAUAUUUAUUAUUAUGCGAUCUGUUUUAUGAAUGUGUAAAUUUAGUUUACUGAAUGCAUGUUAGUUUACUUAGAAUAUUAAUAUGUACGAUAAUGUAUUUCGAUUUUAUUAUUUUUUACCACAGUAGUAUAAUAAAACUUUAUUGAAUCAA